AUGUUGAGACUAUUAUAUAAUGGCUGUCUUAAAUCUGCCAAUGGAAUCUUCCGGCCAUCAAUAAGGACUUUUUUUCCGCCAGAUACAACAAAGCGUUUAACGGCGUACGAUCCUUUACCUCCAAAGCGUAACGGUGAAAAUGUAUUGAGUUAUUUGCAUAAACAUCUUCUUCAAAGAUAUGAUCCAACUGGCAAACGGCGUGCUUUAGUAGACCAAGAAAAUGGACUUCGAGCAGGAGAUAUAAUUAAGGUCACAUACCUUGAUAGGACGAAUGUAGUGGGUCAGGUCAUUGCUAUCAAGAGAUCUGUAAAUAAUGUCGGAACGAAUAUCUUGAUUAGAAACAAAUUUAAUAAAAUGGGUUGUGAAUUAAGGAUUCCAUUGUUUAAUCCAAAUAUUAGAAAUAUAGAAACUCUUCAUAAGCCCAAGAAGUACUUAUCCAGAAGGAAACAAUUUUAUAUCCGGAAAUCUAAGUACGAUGUCGGUGACGUCGAGGCUUUUUUAAAAUCAGUGUCCAAAAAAACAAGCUCUUAA